AUGGAAACGUUGGUCUUCACCGAGGAAACUCUUCUUUCGUUAAUUAAUGCUCUAUUCUCAAAAAACAGCAACAGCGAGUCCUGGAAUUCCGAUUAUGGGCUGGCACAUCCUCUAUCAUACGGAUACGGUGCCGGUGGCACCAUCCAGCAGCCACAUCCCACGCAGUUAACGGUAUUAUACAAUGGCACAUCGUUGUUCAAAACCGCUCACCAACACCAACUAAAUCCGUGCGUAUUAUCGCUGCCAAUGGGCAACUUGUAUCAUGCCCACGAUGUGAUACAGAGACCAACCUUUUACGCAUCCCAUAAUACGGAUUGUAUCCAGUACAGUGAUUAUCAUUUGAAAUCCACGGAUUCCGUGUGCGCAGAACAGUGCUCCUCUCUACCAGACCUCUUUCCCUGGAUGAAACCACAAGUUACCGGACCGAGAAGAGGUAGACAGGCAGACAGUCGCUUCCAGACUCUGGAACUUGAGAAGGAGUUCUUAUUCAACUCUUACUUGACCCGCAAGCGCAAGGUUGAAGUGUCGCACGCUCUCGCACUCACCGAGCUGAAGGACACAUUUCCAAUAAACAGGCCGAAUGAGAAUGAAAUCAAGAAACAGAGCAAAGAAACUUACAAGAAUAUUCAGACGUCAGAUGAGGAGGGUAAAGGUUAA